UACUUCUCGUGACAUACACUUUUUGGAAUGCAGCAAUACAACAAAUCGUGAAAUAAUUCAAUGUUUACGCUACUCACCGUUGAACUGCCGAGUCUGGCCGAGUGCGACCGAAUAUGGCCGAAGAUGACGUCAAAGGCUGAGUUCUGAGCCUUGCUGCGUGAGAAACAGCGGGAGAGAGAGAGAGAGAGAGAGGGGAGGAAGGACGGCAAAAGCAAACAAGGAGGAAGAGCAAUGGCGACACUGGCUCGCCAAAUACCAAGUCCGGAUAGCGUCCUUUGCCAGCCUUGGUCCUCGUUCGUCAGUGCGGCUGAAUUGCGUCUUGUUGGCGAGAUGCUCCACCGCCGUCUGUUUCCCUCGCCGCAGGACUUUCAUCUCGUCGUCUGCCAUGUCUGCAAACAGGUGGUCACUACUCAGAGCAUCCUCGCGCACUACGAGCGGCGCCACGGCUCUCCUGUGCCUUCCAGGAGCCCGGUGGUCCUCAUGAAGGCCAAGGCACCUGCAGCUGCCCCGGCCGCCGCAAGCGGUCCCUGGGACGCCCUGGCCUUUCGGAUCCCUAAAGACUACCCUCACUCCCGGUUUAGCAAGGCACCACUGGCUGUGUAUCCUCCAAAGGGGGCCCGGAACAAGACAUGUGUAUCCCUUCCAGUCGUCAGCUUGGAAAAGAUCCCCUGCCUCAGCAGCCGAACCGACUCCCAAGUCCGCCUCAGCCCGUCCCCUUCGCCCUCCGCGUCCCCUCACAAACAACCUCCGCUCACUUCCCCGGCCAAACUAAUUAACGGUCGAGGCAGCGGCGGGCCGUCCACGCCGCGCUCCUCCGCGUCACCGUCCCCCCAGGACGGGCGCCCCGGCUCGACGCGCUCUCCCCUUGACAGGCGGCCGUCAACGUCGCCUUCCCCCUCGCCGCUGGACAGGAAACCCUCCCCCGCUCCUUCCCCGUCGCAGCGGCCGCUCUCUCUGCUGUCGUCACCUCUGGAUAAGAAGAGCCAAAAUGGAGCAAAGACUUCUUCCCGGUCGCACAAAAUACUGUCAGGGAGAGUAUUUGACCCCAACAAGCACUGCGGCGUCCAGGACCCUGAGACCAAACAGCCGUGCACGCGCUCCCUCACCUGCAAGACUCACUCGUUAACCCACCGCCGAGCCGUUCCGGGUCGAAAGAAACCUUUUGACGUCCUCCUGGCCGAGCACAGAGGCAGGACCAAGGAGAAGGAGGGGGCAAAGGACAAAGACAAGGAGGGAAACGACAGCUGCAGCCCGAGUGUCGCGGCACAAGAGGCCACAGCAAGUCCUAGCAAGCCUCCCUGCCCGAAUGGACGACCCCUGUCCAGCCUGAAACUAAGGCUGGCAAACGCACACAUACCCAGGGUUCCAGGCAUCGCCGCCUCUACUCCUCAGCCUCAAACAACCGCUUCCUUUCCCGCCCCGGCCUCCAAUCCGGAGCCGCCACCCCACUCUUGUCCAGCGACAGCAGGUGGAGACGGCGGCCGACUCUCCAGCGAUGAGGCAGAGGCGGAGACUCCAGAGGAUGCCGACAGACCACCUGCCUUUCACUUCUCAAAUGUCCAUCCUAAGCCUUCAGGGUUCUGCAUAUUCAGCAGCAGGCUCAUGGGACGAGGCCAUUAUGUGUUCGACAGGCGAUGGGACAAGAUGAGGCUGGUGCUCCAGAACAUGGUGGAGAAACACCUCAAUGCACAAAUGUGGAGAAAGGUUCCACUUGCAGCCGAGAGCCUCCCCUCAGCUUCACCCUCUGGCACUUCACGGCAGGCGCACCCUCCCUCUCCAAAGUCAGACACUUUUACGUCCACGUCCAAUUCCGUCUCCUGUGGUGUUUCUCUGUCAGCACCUGAAGGCGUUACCUUCAGAGAUGCCCACGUUUCCACGCUGGGGGUUCCCCGCCACAAGGCCAGUCGCCUAACCAAAGAGAGAGAGGACUCUCGAUUGGGGGCUGACGUCAGAAAAAACCCUUCCUGCUCCUUUCCAACUGUGGACACCCAUAAGAGAAACGGGACCAGCUAUCAUCCGACUCAGGGGGGGCCAGCUGCCACCCCAGCAAGGAAAAAGGGACUUUGGAGCUACAGUGACCAUUGGUUAACGAGAGCAGAGGGGUCCCACAGCCAUAGCAGUCGCGAUCACGCCAACAGCAGUAAACCUUACCCGUCAAGCAUGGAGCCGUCUCCCGCCUCCAGCCGGCCUCCUUCUUCCUCUGGAGCCCUGACUUAUGGGCACAAAGCAGAGGGGAGGAAGAGGAGGAGCCCCAGCUCUUACGACAGGAAGGCUGUCAACAAACUGAGCCGGCUAGACGCCUUAUUUGGGAAUGACGGUGAAUCCCAAAAACAGGCCAAGUUGCAUCACUGACACCUGUUUGGUAGAUUGUCAGAGCAGCUGUACGCCACGCUCUGUCCUAUGUGACCUUUGACCUCCCCACCUACUGACUGCAUCGUCUGGGAAACCUUCUCCCACUGAGCAAACGGGGCUCAGAACUCUCGGCCUCCUUUUUCUGGCCUGAUUGGAGGACACUAGCUCCGCCCAUCACUGUGCUCCUCCCAUUUUUUUUCCAGUACGCUUCAUUUUUUUUUAGCAGUUUUGGAGUCAGCUGAUGAGGAAUAAUCUGGGAUGGUUUGAAGGUUCUCUUUCUGGUGACUUCUUGGACUAGAUGGCAAACUCUCUUGGUUGGGUUCUAUCCAGCUUCUCCAUCCUUCUUUUACGCAGCGUUUUUCAUCCUUUUUUUUUUUGGUCCCAUGGACUCCUGUCUUUUGAAGUGCUCUUACUGGCCUCGUCUCCUUCGCGCUUCCUUUCCUUCCAGAAGUGCCACACUCGGACCCGCUCACGUUCAUAUUGUACAAACCCCGUUUCCAUAUGAGUUGGGAAAU